CUAUUUAUUCACUACCUUGAGGGAGUGAGAGAAGGAACAAUGAGAAGUCUUCAUGCUCUCUUCAGAUCGACGACGGCAGAACCAAUCAGGAACACAAUCCCAAUUGCUUCAAAAAUCUCUGAGAAAUUCGGGCAUACCUCUAAUGGAAUCAAUGAUCAACAAGAGACCCAAUUCAUAUCCCUAAUCCACUCCUCGAGAAUCACCCAGCAUCUGCAACAGAUCCACGCCCAAAUCAUCGUUCGCGGCCUCUCUUUCAAUAGUCGGAUCGUGACCCAGUUCAUUUCCGCGUCUUCUUUGCUCAAAUCGUCUGACUAUGCUCUCUCCAUCUUUAAAGAGUUUGGGAAUCCUAAUGUGUAUGUCUUCAACGCCUUGAUUCGAGGAUUGACUGAGAAUUCUCGUUUCAAAAUCUCAAUUUCCCAUUUCGUUCUCAUGAUGGGGUUGAAUAUUUACCCAAAUCAGCUUACUUUCCCUUACGUUCUGAAGUCAGCUGCUGCAUUGUUCGAAUGCGACCUCGGAAGGGCAAUCCAUGGAGAAAUAUUAAAACUCGGACAUGAGUUUGAUUCCUUUGUUAGAGUUUCUCUAGUUGAUAUGUAUGUGAAAAUGGAGAUCUUAAACUCUGCACUGCAGGUGUUUGAUGAAAGUCCUGAAAGAAAUAAGAACGAGAGUUUACUCUUAUGGAAUGUUUUGAUCAAUGGGUGUUGUAAAGCUGGGGACUUGGUGAAAGCCAUGGAACUGUUUGAUACAAUGCCUGAAAGAACUUCUGGAUCUUGGAAUAGCUUGAUUAAUGGGUUUAUGACAAACGGGGAAGUUGAGAAGGCUAAAGAACUCUUUAAUAAUAUGCCGGAGAAGAAUGUGGUUUCUUGGACUACUAUGGUUAAAGGGUUUUCACAGAAUGGGGAAAAUGACAAGUCGCUAUCGAUGUUCUUUACGAUGUUAGAACAAGGCGUGAAGCCAAAUGAUCUUACAGUUGUCUCUGCACUAUCAGCUUCUUCUAAGAUCGGAGCACUCGAUUCUGGAGUACGAAUUCAUAACUAUCUCACGAAUAAUCAUUUUGCGUUGAACAAAGUCAUUGGAGCUGCUCUUGUUGAUAUGUAUGGAAAAUGCGGGAGAAUUGAUACAGCAAGUCAAAUCUUCGACAAAAUCAAACACAAGGACUUGCGAACGUGGAGUGUGAUGAUUUGGGGAUGGGCCAUUCACGGCUGUUUCGAGCAAGCUUUGGAUUGUUUUACGAAAAUGAUAUCAACCCGAAUCAAACCGGACGAAGUUGUAUUCCUCGCCAUCUUAACCGCCUGCCUACACUCAAGACAACCCGACAAGGCACUGGAAAUCUUCGACAGUAUGAGAAACGAUCAUUCAAUAGAGCCGGCUAUGAAACAUUACACCUUAAUAGUGGAUAUCCUCGGACGAGCAGGUAGAUUGGCCGAAGCCCGAAGCUUUAUAAACAAAAUGCCGAUGGAUCCAGAUUUCGUAAUAUGGGGAGCACUUUUUUCAGCCUGCCGAGCUCACAAAGACGUGGAAAUGGCAGAAUUAGCCUCUAAGAAGCUCCUGCAGCUUCAACCAGAUCACCCUGGAGUUCACGUUUUCUUGUCAAACGUCUAUGCCGACGUGGAAAGAUGGGAUGACGUGGAACGGGUAAGAAGUUCGAUGAAGGGUAAAGGUGUGGAGAAAGAUCCGGGAUGGAGUUUUAUAGAGGUGGACGGAAAAGUACAUAGUUUUCAUGCAGGCGAUAAUGGUGACGACGAUCAUAUGAUAAAGAUAUACAAAAUAUUGGAGGAAAUGAGUAGGAAUGUUAGGCGAAAAGGGUAUUUUCCGGGGACAGAAUGGGUAUUGCAUAACAUCGAGGAAGAAGAAAAAGAAGGAGCUUUAUGGAGUCAUAGUGAGAAAUUGGCGCUUGCGUUUGGCCUUAUUAGUACGGAGGCGAAAACGACGAUUCGGAUUGUCAAUAACCAGAGAAUCUGUGGCGAUUGCCACUCGAUGAUGAAAUACGCCAGUGAAACGACCGAAAGGGAAAUCAUACUCAGGGAUAUCAAGCGAUUCCAUCAUUUCAAGGAUGGAGUUUGCUCGUGUGGUGAUUAUUGGUAACUUUCUCAAGCUCUAACGAUUUAUACAUUUUUAAUGAGAAUGAUUCUUGACACACCUUACCGUAGUUGGUUCAUUCAAUCAUAUUUUUGUAACAACAAAACAAAAGUAUUUGUAUUUGUUAAAUAUUAUUGAUGAAUUCACAUAGUGAUCAAA